AAUGGCAACCAGAACUCGACAUAACCGCACCGUUCCUUAAAUUGCAGUGCGAACUAAGAGUAACUGAGGUCACGUGACUAGUUCACUUUAGUGUCACCAGAGAAAAGGAUCUCACACUUUUAUACUACUCUGUAUUUUGAUUUCAUAUUCGAUGUGGUAGAUAGAUGUGGACAUUUGCUAAUUACAUGUGGAUGGAAAACUCCACACAGAUGGCGUUAAGGGUUAAAUUCCGAGUUACUAUUUUUACGCCUAAAGCACCAUUCUUGCUAAAUAAGUGGUGCUAACGAGAGCAUUCUUGCUAACGAGAAUCCGCUCACUCUAGCUUACGAUGCUAUGUGGAGCACGAUAAGCUAGAAUUGCCACGAGUGAUUAAUCCUCACUUCGGCUGGAUCACGCUAUUGGUCGAAGAUGACAUCACUGUUUGGGGGAAGGGACAUGCUGUUUAUUGCAUAGUAAAUUGGCGACAGAUUUUAAAUCUAGUUUUCAAACGCGCUCUGUUUAUACGUGGUGUUAUCUGCUUUAGGAACAAAAACUCUCAGACCUAGUUCUGCUGCACAGUGUGUAGCUUAUAUUGCUGUUGCUGAGUUACCUCGUGGGGAAUGGCCAAAUCUCAUUUUAUUACUUACCCAGCAUAUAAAUAACAUAAACUCUACUGAAAUGACCAAAGAGGCCACACUAGAAGCAUUAGAAUACAUCUGUCAGGAUAUAGAACCAAAUGUUCUUAAUUCACAAUCAAAUGACAUCCUGACUGCAAUUGUUCAUGGGAUUAGAAAAGAUGAACCUAGUGAUCAUGUUGAGCUUGCUGCAACCACUGCACUUCUAAAUUCAGCGAACUUUGAGAAGGAAUCUGAGAGGCAUGAAUGCAUGCAGGCAGUGUGUGAAGCUACUCAAUCUGCUGAUGCAAAAAUCUUAUAUAAUGUGGAAAUGCAAAAGUUACUGAAAUACCUUAGAACUGUAAAAAGAGACGUUUACUACCAGCAAGUUCUCUUGGAUUUGUAUAAUCAAAUGGAAUUCUUUCAGAGCAGCAACGCUUACGCCUCUAGAGGCUUUCCUAAUUUAGAACACCUGAUUAACCUAAAAGGCAUCCAUGAUAUUAUACAUACUAGUAAAAUAGAAGAAUGGAAAAAAUUAUUAAACUACAUUAAAUCAAAAAAUUUUUCUGACUUUGUUAAACCCUUAAAGGAACUAAUCGACGAAUAUGAUGAAAUUAGUGAAUUUCCUUCAUCUGAAGCCAAAGUUGAAUGUAUACUAGAUAAAAAAUUUUUAAUAGGGCAAAAUUGCAGGAACUACACAUUGGAAGAAAAAAGGGAAAUUGCUGCCUUAAUUGUUCCCUGCCUUCAGCCAAUAAAAGUAUACAUCGAAUCAAUUUCUAGCUUUCCAAGAACAAGACUUGACUGCUAUAUUCGCAAAGAAGAUCUGCUUUACAAUUUUUGGCAGAGGAAUACUCUGAGUUUCCUCUAAAUGAAAAAAUUUCAGAGAACGAUUUCAGAUAUGCAAUAAACAGGGUUUGAAAAAUCCCACCCCAUCUAGGUUUUACAUCAAAAACCUGAGAAUUAUUGAGUUUUUGGAGAAAAACCAAGUUUUUUCAAAAAUAUUUUAAAUUUUUAUUUCUGAGUACCAAAUAAUGCAUGAUUUGCUUCUAACAAGAAAGUUAAAUAUUUCGUAACUAUUUAUAACUUGUUUUGCUGUA